ACAAGAUCCUCAGCGUGACAACCACGGAUUGAAAAAUAUGCCGUCCUUGGAGAGCCCUCCGCGACGGCGGCUAAGGGCUGAAAUCGAAAGCGAUGAAGAUGCCGACGCUUUGCGAGCCUCUCAAAGGUCCACACCAUCAGCCACCAGCUCAGCGAAACGCGUCCGUACGAAUGGACACCACCGCGAUUCACAAUCCGAAUCUCCAGAGCCUGGUCCUUCUCGCCCAAACGGUACAUCGCGGAGACGGAACAAUCAACACGACGAAGGCGAUGAAGAUGCCAGCGACGAUGAUCAGGCAGGUCCAAGCGAGUUCCAGCCUGGUGCCAUUGUCAGAGUCAAGCUCACCAACUUUGUCACCUACGAGAAUGCCGAAUUUUUUCCUGGACCCAACUUGAACAUGGUCAUUGGACCCAACGGCACAGGCAAGAGCUCGCUUGUUUGUGCGAUAUGCCUGGGCUUGGGUUGGGGUCCGCACCAUCUAGGUCGUGCUGGUCAAGUUGGAGAGUUUGUGAAACACGGUAAUACGGAUGCAUAUGUCGAGAUCGAGCUUCAACGACGACCCACCGAAUCUCGCAAUCAUGUUGUACGCCUACGAAUUAUCAAAGACAACAACGGCCGCGAGUUUUGGCUUGACGGCAAGAAAACCUCGUUAAAAAAUGUUCAGAGUCUGACGAACGACCUCUCCAUUCAAAUCGACAACUUGUGUCAAUUUCUACCUCAAGACAAGGUGUCGUCGUUUGCGGGUCUAUCUCCGGUGGACUUACUUCAGCAGACCCAGAGAGCGGCAGCCCCGCCUAACAUGCUAGAAUGGCACGAUGAGCUAAAGAAGCUUCGGAAAGAACAGAAGACACUGGAGCUACAAGAUGAAGCCGAUAAGGACCAGCUGGGGAGGCUCGAGAAUCGCCAACAAAAUCUACACGCAGAGGUGGAGAGAUUGCAGGAGCGUAUCAAGGUUCAGGAAAAAGUCGAUUUACUGAAAAAGAUGGUGCCUUUCGUCGAAUACAAGAUUGCUGUUCAACAGCACGAGGUAUCCAAGGAAAACAAAAAGAAAGCUCAAGCUCGGUGGAAAGAGUUAUCAGGCAGAAUCGCACCCGCCUUGCAAUCGAUCAGUGCAAAGGAGCGCUACAGAGACCAAAUCAAAGUUGUGGUUGGGGAGCGGGAGAAGGCAUUGGGGGCAGCCGAGCGAGAUGCUGAUGUUUUCGUAAAGACUAUCGAUGGCCUGACGGAGAACGUCACGAAGAUCGAGAAUAGUGUGAAGUCAAUUGGUACGAUCGAGACAAAAAGAAAAGCGGAGAUUGCAAAACUUCAGGAAAAGAUAAGAAGUUUAAAAGCAAAAGUCAACGAGGCACCGAUCGAAUUUAAUCCUGCGGAGUGGAACGAGCGUUGCCACACGAUAGAACGGGAGAUUCGGUCUAUCGACACCCAAAUCGUAGAUCUUAAUGCACAGAAUCAAGAGAAUGUAGUUGCCGGCAAGACCAUCAGACAAAACAUCGCAGAAGCAGAACGGGAACUUGCUGCAUUCGAUACACAGGAAGGCCAGCAAAUGAGCAAACUUGAGAGAGUUUCGAAAGACACGGCCAAAGCCUGGAAAUGGGUCCAGGACAAUCUCGGAUCAUUCGAAAAGGAAGUCUAUGGCCCUCCAAUGAUUACUUGUUCGAUCAAAGACCCAAGAUAUGUCGAUGCUGUCGAGACCUUGCUUCGUGAUAACGAGUUCUUGGUCAUUACAGCCCAAACUCUCAACGACAUGAAAAAGCUGAGCGACCAGUUUACAGACGUCAUGCGCCUAGCUGAUGUUACGAUCAGACAAGUUGAGGAGGGUCAAUCCACCGAUCGAGGGAAACCUUUAUCCCAGCAGGAUUUCCAGCGGGCUGGAUUAGAUGGUUGGGCAAUCGACUACAUCGAUGGGCCGACACCUGUUUUGGAGAUGCUAUGCAGCUCGGGACAGCUUGAUCAAUGCCCCAUAGGCCUUCGUGAACCUAGUGAUGAGCAAUACAAGAUGCUGGCUGAGAACGUUCGCAUCAGGCGAUUUAUUAUUGGCACCCAUAUCUUCCUAGUCUCCAGGAGACAAGAAUAUGGACCCCAGGCCGUCUCAACAGUUUCCAGAAUGCUUAAGAAAGCUCGGUAUUGGACGGAUCAACCAGUCGACGUAUCUGCAAGACGCGAAAUCCAAGAGAGGAUUGGUUCCUUGACUGCGGACUUCAAAGUACUGAGUGAAAAAGUGAAGCCUGUCAGAAAUCAGAUAACAGAGUUGAAAGAGAAAGUGGAGUCUGUGAAGGGAGAACUCGAGGACAUCAGGAAGGAAAAAAAGGCAUUACAAGCGGCCUGGGUUGCCCAAAAAGCCCUUCCCGAUAAGAUACAGGCUGAAGAAGAAACCCUCAAAGGGAAACAGCGUGACAGCGUGGAAGACCGAGAACAAGUAAAGAAGUUUCGUACCCAGAUUGAUCAUGCUAUUCUCCGAAGAGCCGGGCAGACCUUGGAUUACAAAGAGCAUAUCACCAAGUUCCGGCAAUGCCACGAAGAGCUCAUUGAAGCCGAGGUCCGCCUCAUCGAGGCUGUAUCCGAUGUUGCUGGCCUGAAAGAGCGCAAUGAGGAUACUGUAAGAGAACGAGAUAUUGAGCAACAGAAACUCCGAGCUAUUGAGGCAGAAGCCAAGAGAGUGAAGGAGGUUGCGAAGAAUGCAAUGCACGUCUGUUCAGAGCUCAUGCAUGAUCCUGAAAACGCAGAGCAUCUCGACACAUUUCAGAAUCUCCCCCAGGGACUUACCGUUGAAACCUUACAAAUGGACAUCGCUGCGGAAGAGUCGAAACUCGAAUUCAUCCAUGCCAGCAAUCCAGAUGCUAUCAAACACUAUGAGAAACGCCAAGUCGAUGUCGAUAGAUUGAAGGCGAAGAUCCUGGAGACGGAGGCUAGCCUCGAGACUAUUGCCCAAAAUGUCAUGAAGAUACGUGGCAAAUGGGAACCGAAGCUCGACACGCUCAUUGCAAAGAUCAGCGAUGCAUUCUCUUACAAUUUCGAGCAGAUUGGUUGCGCAGGAGAAGUCAACGUGCACAAGGACGAUGACUUUGAUCAAUGGGCUAUCCAGAUCAAGGUCAAAUUUAGGGAAAACGAUACAUUACAGCAACUCGACGCUCAUCGUCAAUCCGGUGGCGAACGAUCUGUCUCGACGAUCUUCUACCUCAUGUCACUUCAAUCUAUGGCUCAAGCUCCUUUCCGUGUGGUGGAUGAGAUCAAUCAAGGAAUGGAUGCCCGCAAUGAGCGUAUGGUUCACGAGCGUAUGGUCGAGAUUGCUUGCAAGGAGCAUACAAGCCAGUACUUCCUCAUUACCCCGAAGCUGCUCACAGGUCUUCGAUACGACAAGAGGAUGAAAGUCCUGUGCAUUGCAAGUGGUGAACAUAUGCCUGAGAAUUAUCAGCGCAUGGACAUUUCCAAGAUCAUUGGUAUCAGAAGAGCGAUUAUGGCUACUGGUUGAAGGGAUGAGAUGGAUUUGCGAUGGCGUUUUGAAGUUGGGCAGUUGAGAGCAAUAUGAUAAAGAAUGAGGCAGGAGGCAGGUCCGUAACAUAAUGUAUUAAAUGAGGAAUCAUUUAUAUUGCCAAGAUAUUUGAGAAAGUG